AUAGUCUCGCAUCAUUUGUAUCUUUGUGUUUAUUGAGAAAUAAGAUAAGUUAGAAGCAAUGAGGCCUAAAUUUGUGUUGUUUGGUUCUUCCAUUGUUCAAUACAAUCAUUAUGGUGAAGGUUGGGGAGCUACUCUUGCUCAUUUGUACGGUCGUAAGGUUGAUAUAGUUUUGCGGGGAUAUGCUGGUUGGAAUUCAACGCGUGGUCUACAAGUUGUGGAUGAUAUUUUUCCUAAGAUUUCCAUUGAGCAACGAGACCAACCAGCAUUGGCGAUUGUGUAUUUUGGUGGUAAUGAUUCUCAUCUUCCACAUCCAAGUGGUCUCGGUCCUCAUGUACGAUUGGAGGAAUACAUUCAAAAUAUGUGUAAGAUUGCUAAUUAUCUAAAGAUAAAUUCACCGAAGACUCGCCUUAUAUUCCUCAGUUGUCCUCCCAUCGGUGACGAGCAAACAGAAGGCAACAUUGAUGCAUUUGGGAAAGCAAUAAGGACAAAUGAAGUUCGUAAACAAUAUUCAGAUGCACUUUUAAAUAUGUGUAGUCAUAUGAACAUCAAGGCCAUUGAUUUGUGGUCUUUAAUUCAGAGAAGAGAUGAUUGGAAAGAAGUUUGUUUCAUUGAUGGAAUUCAUUUCUCUGCUGAGGGGAGUGAAAUGGUGUCAAAGGAAAUAAUUAAGGUUAUCAAAGAAGCAGAGUGGGAACCAAAUCUAUAUUGGAAGACAAUGCCAGUUGAAUUUGGAGAAGAUUCACCGUUUGAUCCAAUUCAUCCAUUGGAUCCAACGAAAACUAUUAAUAUCUCCAAUAUUCCAUUCCCACAUGGUGAGGAUUGGGAGUGGGAGUAGACUUAUGUCCCAAAUUCAAGGAUCCUUAGGGAAUUUGCCUAGGGAAAUAUGGUAGUCUUCAAUUUUAUAUGUUCAAUAAUAAAUGGGUGAUCAUGACUUGAUCGUGGUUAUUCACCAUGUGAGUAGUGAAAUUUGAUUUUGUUUGUGCUCAAGUUAAGCCAAUUGGUGGGCUUAAGAAAUUAUGGCAGUCUUUAAUCUUACAUUUGUUCAACAAUAAUAAGGUGAUCUGGUUUUUCAUCAUGUGAUUAGUGAUGUUUGACUUUGUGCUUUAAUUGAGCCAAUUGUUGUAACUACAUCAUUGUUUUAUUUUAUGGUUUUGGCUAAAGAUUA